AAAAAAAAAAGAAAAUCAGAGAAACAUGGCGGCUUCAUUCAUCUUCCACAGAACAACCUAGCACUGUCACUAAACAACUGUGCCCUAAUUCUUCCAGCUUAAAAUAAUGGCGCUCUUCAAAGCUCGAACGGCUUCGUCCUCGAUUUGUCAAUUCCUCGCUCGUUCUUUCUCCAAUGCGGCUCCGGCGUCUUCGACGCUCUCAUCGUCGGGGAUGGUGAACCCGACGUUCACUCUCGAUGUCAGCUCCCGAGUAGGGUCAUCCAUGCCGCUGAAGAUGAUGCGGAUCGGGACUCUGAUUCACAACCUCGAGAUGCGGCCCGGUCAAGGCCCGAAACUAGUCCGGGGAUGGGGCACCGUAGCUAAGAUCAUGACCGAGCCGAGCUCUUCGUCCAGGUACUGCGAGAUCAAGCUCCCCUCCGGCGUGAAGAAGUUGAUCGAUGUUCGGUGUUGGGCCACUAUCGGACAGGCGCCGAACGCUGAGCACGGUUCGAAGAAACUGUAUAAGGCUGGGCAGAAUCGGUGGCGCGGGAUUAGGCCAAAAGUUCGUGGUGUGGCGAUGAACCCUGUUGAUCAUCCGCACGGUGGUGGGGAAGGGAAGAGCAAGAGUAGUGGUAGCCAUGGGAAGGGCUCUCGUACCCCAUGGGGUAAGCCCACUAAGUGUGGCUACAAAACUGGGCCACUUAAGAGGAAGAAGUGAUUCAAAUUACUUCAAGGUUAGAUCGUUUUUCAAUUCUAAAAGUUUGCUAAUUAUAAUGUUUUGAGCUCUUAUUUGUUAGAUCCUUCCAUUAAAAUGAUAUGGCUUGCAACAUCAUAUUAAAAUCCACAACCUUUUUAAAGAGUGUGGCUAGUCUCAGUGAAGGCGAUAUUGACUCUUUGUGCUUAGUAAGUUGAGAAAGUAGUUAUGAACAGAUACACUAUUGUAAUUAGGGAUGACAAUGUGUCCCGUCCCCAUUUUAAACGGGGACGGGAAUGGAAAAAAAUUUUGAGGA